GGCGGAGGAGGGGGGGAAUUCGGGGAUACAGCCAUGGCGACGGGAGGAGGAGGCGGAGGUGGAGGAGUGAGGCGCAGGAGGAGGAAAGCGGGGCUCCCGGGGUUCUGCUGGAAGACCUGCUACUUCCCGCUUUUGUUCUGGGUCGUUUCCGCGUGCGGGGAGGAGAAGACGUUCAUCGUGGAGACGUGGCUGAAGAACUACGGCUACCUGCUGCCUCACGACGUCCGGACAUCAGACCUGCGGCAGGAGAAGGCCAUGCAGUCUGCCGUGGCCGCCAUGCAACGCUUCUACGGCAUCCCUGUGACGGGAGUGUUGGAUGAGACGACUAUUGAGUGGAUGAGGAGACCUCGCUGUGGCGUCCCAGAUCAUCCUCACACCAGCCGGCGGCAGAGGAACAAACGCUACGCGCUGACGGGACAGAAGUGGAGAGAUAAAAGGAUCUCAUACAGCAUAUCCAACUUCACCCCCAAAGUUGGAGAGAAGGACACCCAGAGAGCGAUUCGACAAGCCUUCAAUGUGUGGCAGGCCGUCACCCCUCUCUCCUUCCAGGAGGUGCCAUACUCGGAGAUCAAGAACGAGGGCAAAGAGGCUGACAUCAUGAUCUUCUUCGCCUCUGGUUUCCACGGUGACAGCUCCCCAUUCGACGGAGAGGGGGGUUUCCUGGCCCACGCUUACUUCCCCGGCGCCGGCAUCGGAGGAGACACGCAUUUUGACUCCGAUGAGCCCUGGACGCUUGGCAACGCCAACCACGACGGUAACGAUUUGUUCCUGGUGGCGGUGCACGAGUUGGGGCACGCGUUGGGUUUGGAGCACUCCAACGAUCCCAGUGCCAUCAUGGCUCCUUUCUACCAGUACAUGGACACGCACAACUUCAAGCUGCCGCUGGACGACCUGCAGGGCAUUCAGAAGAUCUACGGCAUCCCCACAGCCAUGCUGGAACCCACCCGGCCGUUACCCACCUUACCCUCUCGACGGACGCAUUCGACCUCCGAGCGCAAACACGACCGGCAUUCCCGUCCGCCGCACCCGCCCGGUAACCGGCCCGCACUGCCUGGAAACGGCAAACCCAACAUCUGCGAUGGCAACUUCAACACUGUGGCCUUCUUCAGACGGGAGAUGUUCGUGUUCAAGGACCGGUGGUUUUGGCGUCUCAGGAACAACAAGGUGCAGGAGGGCUACCCCAUGCAGAUCGAUCAGUUCUGGAAAGGCCUGCCACCUCGCAUCGACGCCGCCUACGAGAGGACUGACGGCAAAUUUGUCUUCUUCAAAGGUGAUAAGUACUGGGUGUUCAGGGAGGUCACGGCUGAGCCAGGGUACCCUCACAGCCUGGUGGAGCUGGGCAGCUCCCUCCCCAAGAGUGGUAUCGACACGGCGCUGCGGUGGGAGCCCGUCGGGAAAACGUACUUCUUCAAAGGGGACCAGUACUGGCGUUACAACGAGGAGAAGCACACCACAGACGCAGGAUACCCCAAACCCAUCACUGUGUGGAAGGGAAUACCAGACGCUCCGCAGGGGGCCUUCAUCAGCAGGGAGGGAUACUACACCUACUUCUACAAGGGGAAGGAGUACUGGAAAUUUGAUAACCAGAAGCUGACUGUGGAACCUGGAUAUCCAAAGUCCAUCCUGCGUGACUGGAUGGGCUGCGACCAGUCCGACAUGGAGCGCUCCGGCAACAACGGUAACCCUGGGGACCGCCAGCUGCCCCCGGAUGAUGUCGGCAUCAUUGUGACCAUCAACGACGUCCCCCCGACAGUCAAUGCCAUCGCCGUGGUGAUCCCUUGCAUUCUGUCGCUGUGCAUCCUGGUGCUCGUGUACACGAUCUUUCAGUUUAAAAACAAAGGAGUCCAGCAAAACACCAUGACGCAGCACUACUAUAAAUACCCUGUUCAGGAGUGGGUAUGACAGCCAACUUGAUUUGGAAUAGGUCAAAGGUCAUGGAUUGAAGUACGGUCGAGCUGUAGUCAUGCGUUAGCUAGCUAAUGUAGGCUAAUGGCCAAAAAUGCUAGCAAAGGACAAAGCUAAUGAAUGCUUAUAGAUGUACGCACACUCAAAAGGUGUUUUGGGGAGUGGAUUCAGAUUUCUGGCUCAGAGUGGGAGAGAUUUGUUUCCUAUAGCACAUCCAGAAUGAUCUGAAAGACUUCAAAAUUCAUCUUUCUGGUUGUGCUUUUACUCAAAAUGGGAUCAUAUGAGGGGGAAACAUUGACUUUGACACCUUCUUCUGGGACGUACAAAACACCGCUCUCCUGCUCAGUGAAAAUUUAGAAAGAGGGGAGAAAGAAAGAUGCUCCUCUAAGCCAGACAUCACCUCCAAGUUUGUUUUAACAACUUGUAUAUGUGAACUGCUACAAGUCAGAUGAAAUUUAAUGAAAAAAAGAGAAACAGUUUCAAAUAUCAAACUUGAAAAUAAAAUAUAGGUAGAAAGGCCAUAACAAAAGAAAACCAAGGAUCUCUCUGUGGAUCUCUGAUGUUUGAUUUGCGUUCAGCUGUUCUGAGAUGUUAAACUGUCAAAGAGGACCUUUUUCUCUCUUUUUUCACCAUUCACUAAACACCAUCACUAUUGUCUUGGUCCAUCUAAAAUUCCCCUCAGCGCCCACAUUUUUUAAAAAGCAAAUGCAUUGGUUUACACUGAUUGGUUUCUGCAGACGUGGAAUAGCAAGUCAUCGACGUGGAAAAGCUCUACAGUCUUAUUAAUAUGCUGCACAAAAACAGGCCCCAUGAUUAGCAAAAUGCUAACACUAAACUUCUUAAACAUCCUCUCGGAUUUAAGGACGUCUAUAAAUCCAUGAAACGCCUCGUGAGACAUUUUUUUGAUGAUUGUAGAAAAUCUCAUCAUUUCUGAAGCACCAUGAACCAGGAAAAAGGAUUCAUGCCCUCCCUGUGCAUUUUACUUGAAUCUUGUUUCCUUUCAUGGCAUGUAGCAGUGGUGCCAACCACAACAGAAAGUUCAGAGUGAGUUCCUUUAAAACCAUUUCUUUCACUUAGCUUUUUUACCAGCAGGAGAUUUUCCUUUCUGUCCCUUUUUAUAUGUUAUAAAAUAUAUCGGACUGUUGUUACUGGACACGCAGAGAAAAGCUACUCAUGUUUAUGCAGCUACAAACAUAUCACUGGGUAAAUUGUAAGGGUUUAUUUUUGAGGAAUGAACUUUAACCUCGUGUCUGAUUGGCUCUUCCUCUUCUGAACAUACAUGUGAUUAAUAAUGAUUUCAGAGCUUCUCUUAAAUGUUACAUAAUAGUCAGUAUUUAUUCUCACCUCUGACUUUGUGUUUUACCACAGCAUGCACAUCAAACUUAUUUUAGUUAAGACCCGAUCAGAGUGAAAAUAAGACGGCAGUCUCUUUGUAACUAGAAAAAAAUUGGUGAAUGUUUAUCGGUGUGGCGACCGAUUACUUACGACUGCACGGGUCACCUGAUGAGGGAUACUUAGGCUACGUUCACACUGCAGGUCUUAAUGCUCAAUUCCAAUUUUUUGAUCAAAUCUGAUUUUUUUGUCUGCUUGUUCACACUACAAAUAAAAUGCGACAGUAAACGCGCUCUAGUAUGAACGCUCAAAGCGGCCCGCAUGCGCAAAAGAAGACGUCACACACAACGCGCUCUGUUUAGACCCAGAGCAAACAAUAUUGUUUGACUGAUGGUCCUUAAUAUAACGACUUCAGACUUUACGUUUCCCAACUUUUGCUUUAA